CCAGAAAAGCUCUGAUUGGAUAUAAUUCGAUGAGGAGUAUACGACGUAGUACGUGAAAGUGAACAAAAAGUAACAGAAGGUUUACAAUGAUGAAGAACAUGGCGGUACGCCGAGUGGUUCAUAACGAAACUUCUGAUGCUCUAAAGUAUUGAAAAGGCUGAUCAGGAGACCCCCUGAGAAACGACAGUGGUAGCUGUCUCUAGUAAUAGGAGAGCAAAUAUAAAGGCAUGGACGUGCAAGGGACUCUGUAUUUUUUCGGUGAAAUGUGGUAUCAGAUCUUUCUUUGGUGUUUGGCAACAUCAGUGUUCAUCCAUUGUAUUUCAGCUGCUGUUGCUUUCUUUGCUAUGAGGCAACAUUCACGAGGAAUGCUUUUUCCUCUCCUCAUAAUAUUCAUUGGAUUUCUUUACCCAGUCACUGGAGGAAUAGUAACAAGUGCCACAAUUGGGGCAGUAUAUCGAACAGCUCAUUUCACCAUGCCAAGCCGCCAGCACCCGUGGGCAAUAUGAAGCGAAUCCUGUGUUCUGACUGGCUACCCGUGCCCAUCUUUCCUGCUUAAGAUAACUCGCAUUGAUCCCGUGAAAGAAAAAGAUUUCGUCGACCGGACUCACUAAAUUCGUGAAUUUUUUGACAAUGUUGGUGAUACAGUCACAAAAGGCGACAGAAGACAGUCAAAACAAAGAAAACACUAAACCACUCAUGGGUUUAUUGUACUACAAACAGAGGAUCUCAAUGGGGUUAACCGUUAGCCGUAAAAUGCCAAAGUAGUUGGCUGUCAGUAAAAUGACGAACUUUUGGCGGUCAGCCGUGAAAGCUAGCACCCCAUUGAAACCCUCCAAACAAACAUUCUUUGUAAUCUUAAGCGUCGCCAUUAAUCUACAGUGCGAUAGCGACCACAGACCUUAGUCCGGUAAGGGUUUCAGGGAUGUCGCCAGGCAAAUCUUGUUACAGGAAACAUAUCAUUCAUGUUGCUAAGGAAAUUGAUUUCGCUCUUUGAUUUUAACAAUAAAUCUGAAGCCGACAAGAGAGCUGAAAUUAAUUCAUAUCCUUUGUACUCGUUCGGUGAUCCGAAACAGAUACGCACGUAGGACCAUAUACUUACAUUCCCAUUGACAUUUACCAAUUUAGACAAAGUGAUUAGUUCUUUCUCGAUUUAAUUUUGGUCUGUCAAUGAGCAACGAUUGUAAUGCGAAUUUA